GUUGUAAACAUGAAUAAAAUUUCAGAGAAACGAUAUUGUUUACGAGAAAUUUUAAUACUGAUAGAUUUCAUUCUCAUUUGAGACACAAAACUAGAUAAGAUUAAAAAUUAUAUUUAAACUCCAAAUGUCAAAGAUCAUUAUACAUGUAUUUUGUUUCAUCACGUAGGUUGUUUUGAUUAAACGAGAAAACAUAACAUGCUAUCGUGGACAUUUAUUUGUACAUAUGUAUUAAUUAUUAAUCAUUGUGUUAAUCGUUCGAAGUUUAUUUCCAUUUCGCGAGUGAGCGUAACAGUGUUGUGUAUUCACGCUGCCAAGUGACAUGAUUUCAAGCUUUUAUAAAAAGAUUGUCGGUACGUCUUCUACUGUGGAGUCAAAUCAGCAGAAAAUUCUUUGUGUUGGAUUAACCUGCUUAGAUAUUGUACAAACGUGCAAACAAUAUCCUGCGGAAGAUUCCGAUCAAAGGUCUGUAGAUUGUAGGUGGCAAAGAGGAGGAAACGCAUCUAACACUUGCACAGUUCUUUCUCAAUUGGGAAGCUCAUGCGAAUUUUUUGGCACUUUAAGUGCAGAAGAACAUUUAAGCUUUUUGCAAAAUGAUAUGCAAAAUUACAACAUUGACUAUUCUCAUUGUCCUAUGAUAGAAAAUAUAGGAUGUCCAACGUCUACUGUUAUUCUGAGUCUAAGAUCUGGUUCUCGUACAAUUUUACAUCACAAUCCAAACUUGCCAGAGUUAACGUUGAAGAAUUUUGAACAGCUACAUUUAGAAGAUUACAGUUGGAUUCACUUUGAAGGUAGAAAUUUGACAGAAGUAUUAUCUAUGAUGCAGUGUGUGGAAAACUAUAAUAACAUGUUGAAUUAUAGUCAAGAUACUAAUAACAAAGAAACUAAAUCAAGUCAAGCAUCCAUUACUAUUAGCGUAGAAUUAGAACGUCCACGACAGGAAUUGUUAGAUUUACUACCUUAUGUUGAUGUAGCAUUUAUAUCUAAAGAUUUUGCCCAAAGCAGAGGGUAUGAUAGUAUGAGUGAAACAUUAAAGAACAUUAGCGAAGAUGCCAAGUCAGGAGCAACUCUUAUAUGUGCUUGGGCCGACAGAGGUGCUAUGGCAAGAACUCCAGAUAAUAUUAUAGUACAGUCUCCUGCAUUUCCACCACAGAAAGUGGUGGACACCUUAGGUGCUGGAGAUACUUUCAAUGCUGCAGUAAUACAUUUUUUAAAUAAAGCAAAAUUGGAAUUCAUUAGAAGAAGAAAGUUAAAGUCAUGUGAAAUGAACAGUGCCUUACAGAAGGAUGUAGAAAUAAAACGCAAUAUUAAAAUGAAUUAUAAUAUUGAAAGUUCAGAAUGCAGCCAUACAGAAUUUAUAACACAAAAUGUCUUGCAAGCAGCUGUAAGUUUUGCUUGCCAAGUAGCUGGUGCUAAAGUCGGUUUGAGAGGGUACAAUAAACUAGAUGAAAUUUUUAAGGAUGCAUGUCAAAAAGUAAAUUAAAAUAUAUUGUAUAUAAAUCUUGCGUUAUAUUGUAUAUAAAUCUUAUAGAAAAUGAAUUGUAUUUGAAUGA